AUGUCUUCUAACUCUAACUGUGCCAGUGGUGGGCCUUUCAGCUUGGAAACCAUAGCCGCGGAGUGGCAGGCCAAUGAGCACAGCAAACACGAAAUGCGCGCUGAAAUGAUGAAACUGGAAGUUUUACAGCGAUUGGGCGAGGCCACGGGACUCGUGAACGCGGAAUGCAAGAAAUCCAGCACAGCCGCUGACCAUGCACCCAUAAAGCGGUUAAACUGGGACGACUUGUACGAAAUUUCUGCGAAUUUGAUGGAUACGUAUACCAAAGAAGUUGAUAUCUGUCUAACAGAGCUCGAUAACUUCUAUAAGAAACAAUAUUUAUGGCAAGAGGCAGCUUUUACGAUGGACUCACAUCGAGGUGCAACCAGGAUUGGUCUUGCGGAGAGGUGGAUAGCUAGUAAAGAGACUCAUUUAGAGUACAUGCGCCAAGAGCUAUCUUCGUCAGCCCGCGUAAUUAAGCGAACGCUGGAAGACCUGUCUCGCAAAUGA